UCUAACGGCUAGUUACAACAGAAAGUCAACAAGUUCAAAACUCAAACAGAUCUCACACACACAAAUCGUCAUCGCAAUUGUACUUCAACUUCUAGAUUUUUCUCUCCUGUAACGGAGAAAAAUGGAUGAAACAGUUAUUAAUGCAGAAGAAGUUAGGAAGGAAGAUGAGGAAGUUUUUGAGAGAAUUGAAGCUCCUAAGUUUGUCGAUUUCACUAAACCCUACGCCUUUCGCACCGAUGAUGAUCGCUACUGGUUUUGCUCCCGCGUUGGUUGUGACCAAAAGCACGAGGAGGAAAUAAACCACGAAGAGAUCUCAAAACACUUUGUUUUUAGGGUCCUGGCAGCAAGAAGUCCCAACAUCAAGCUUACGAAAACACUAUAUAACGAACACUCCAGAAUAAAAUGUCCACUUUCAGCGCCUGCAAAACCAUCCAAGCCCAAGAUACCGAAGUUAGCCACAAAUGCUUCGUUAAUUUCUCAUAAGAAUGAUGACCCGAAAAGCAAAUCGAGACAAGUUGCUUCCAAAUAUAUGACACCACCAAGUAACAAAAUGAAUCAACCCAAUCACAACUCGUUUCUAAGCGUUGAUGACCCGCAAAACAAAAGUGGACCCCGUUCAAAAGUUGGUUCCGCCCCAGUGAUCAGAUCGAGGCAAGUUGCUUCCAGAUAUAUGACAACACCGAGGAACAAAAUGAGUCAACCCAAACACAACUCGUUUCUGAGUGUUCCGAAUUCAAAGGCAACCGAUGUUGAUGGGCCUAAAAGUGGAACGGUAGCAAAGGGUCUCGUUUUUCGCUCUCCGAAGAAGGCCAUAACUCUCGAAAAGUCUGUUGAAUUGCAUACACCCGUAACAAAGAUAUGUGAAGGAACAAAGAGGCUUGAGAUAUUAACGGGUAGCAGAAGCAAGCCCAAGAAACCAGAACCUGAAGAUUCCUCAAGAAAGUUAAAGAUUCGCAAGAGUGAAAUGAACGAUUUGUGGAAUAUAGAAGAUAAAGAGAAUACAGAAAGUCCUGAAGAUCUUUCAAAUGUUGGUGGUAAAGAAAACGCUUUGAAUGCUCAAGAUAAUAACAGAUCAAACAACCAGCUAUUUGGUAAUAAGAUUGUCAGCAAUGAGAUACAAAAAAAGAACAAGAUUGUUCAAACUGCUGGUCCUGCGGUUAUAAAAUGCAAAAAACCGAAGCCCACAAACAUCAAACCGUUCAGGCUAAGAACUGAUGAAAGAGGGGUUCUUAAAGAGGAGAAGAAGUUUCAUUUUACCGUUCCUGAAAAAGAGGUCGCAAAAGAUACAUGUGUGAAAAAGCAGACAUAUAGGGUUGCGAAAAAUGAAAAGUCUAAUACUGUACUUAGACGACCAGAAUCAUCACAGCAAAGAUCCAGUGCCAGCUUAAGGACAAGAUCUCCAAGAUGCCAGCAACUCGGUGUAAUAGAGAACUCUUCUAAAUUGACUAGCGAUGUAAAGGUGGCGGGGAACAAAACUAGAGGAGUUUCUGCAACAAGAUCCACAUCAAGAGGAAAACCGACUGUGACCGUUGCUAAAGAACCAAACUUUCACACCUCACAUUUGCCGAGGACUUGCUCAAAGACAAUUGCUUAAGUUGGCUGUGGUUUAUGUUUAUGCGAGUUCUAUUUUGGCAAUCAUACAAGUUCUAUUUUGGCAAUCAUGCAUUGAAUUUGCCAAGUUCUAUUUACUUAUCUGAGUGACUCUUGUAAAGGAACAUUAUUAAAG